ACCUAACCUUAAAUAAAAAGUGACAUAACCUCAUUUUUUUUUGUGGAAUAUCAAAUUAUUUUUUUGAGAUGUCCUUUACUAAUUUAAUUAUUAAAAGGGGAAUUACAACGACGGCCGUUCGAGAAGGAAAAAGAAACUUCAAAAAAUUUUCGUUGUAUAAUAAACGUGGUACUAGAAUUUUUAAAAAGCAACAAAGUCAAAAUCCGGAUCCUGAUGUUCCUAUUCAAAAACGUGGGGUAAGAGAUGUUGGUUACACGUUAGAUGGAAAAUUUAUAACAGUCCCAGAAAUGAUUCCUGAGCUAAUUGUACCAGAUUUAAAAGGCUUUAAUGUUAAACCUUAUGUAUCAUAUAAAGCCCCUGAUGUUAUUCAAUCUGAAUUUACAGCUCAAGAUUUAUUUAAUGUAGUUUAUGCCGAAAAGAUUUCUAAAGACUUUCAGGAAAAUAAAUUAACUGAAAAAGGGGAUUCUCAAGAACCUUCUAAUGAAGAAAAAAUGACCAGUGAGGAAGCCCGGAUAAAAUCUAGGCAAACUGGGUCCGAUAUUUUUUAAGAUAAUAAAAUUAAUGAAUGUAUUGUAUUGUUGAUUUAAGAAAAAAUAUAAUAAAAUAGAAAGUUUAGAUUAAAAAAAUAAAAAUACAAAGUUCUUAUUUGAAGGUUAUAACCUUUCAAUGCUUAACUCA